AUGAAUGUAAGUAACCUUGAGGAUGCAUUUAAUAAUUCUUCCAAAUCAGUGCUUUUUGGCCCAAGCAUACCGCAAUUCAAAUGGGACUUAAAGCCAACACUUUCGCUUCAGCUCACCAUUGGCGCAACGGCCGUUGCUUGUCCUUGGAUCAUCUCUCUAAACAUGUUCGUGAUCCUCGUAAUCAAGAAGGUAAGAGAGCUACAGACAAACUCUAAUAUUCUCAUUGCCAAUUUGGCCGUGACUGAUCUUUUAGUUGGCGCAGUUUCUAUGCCACUUUCAAUCGCUGUGGAUGCGCUGAUUCUUCGAGGAACUGUAUCACGUAGCAUUGUUUUUCUACUGAAUGAAAUCGGUAUCUCUGUACUGAUCAUUUUGUAUACUAUCUCCUAUCACCAUUUAUUGCUGAUAGCUUGGGAGAGGUAUGUGGCGAUAGUUAAAUGGACAGAGUACAAAGUGUUAGUCACAAAAAGACGCUUAAAGAAGUAUACUGUGAUCGCUUGGAUGGACAGCGUCACAAAAGUGGUCUUACAUCAAGCAUUAGUUUUCGCUGAAGUUCCCCAUGAAGUUCUCUUUGCGUUGGAUCUUGCGAUUAACCUCAGCUGGCUCACUGAAACUUUAACGUUGCUAUAUUUUUAUCGCAUGAUUUAUAUCUUGGUACGGAGACAAAACAGAUGUGAAAUCAGCCAAUUGAGUGCUCUAAUUAAAGCAAAAAUGGAAAGGAAACUUGCUUACACUGCGUUUCUGCUGUUAAUGGCUGCUUUCGUCUGUAGUGUUCCGAUACUAGUAGUCAUGACCUCGGCAUCAUACUCACCGGUUUUUAGCACGUAUUCAGCCUUACGAUGGGUAUAUAUUGUGGUUCAAAUAAACUCUCUGGCGAAUCCCGUCCUCUAUUUUUAUAGAAACAAACGUUACAGGAAAGCUCUGCUACAAAUGAUAGGAUUGGAGAAGACACAGGAAAUGGAGCGAAUUGAUCUCAAAGGGCGUUGUGCAAGGCGGAACCGUUGCACCGUGGAACUUGGGGACACCGAAGGAGCUCUAAGCCUAAAACGAUCACAUUCAUUUCCAGAGGAGACUCUUGGACCGAGGAACACGAGAGAGUCGAAAGUCACAAAGAUAGAAAGAAGAAUAUCGGCUUCAUGUUUGACGAUAUCAGACAGCUUGCAAAGCGGAACACAAGCCCUCUCGCUACACGGUAUGAUGCGUAUAGAAAAUAAACCAUGA